UAGGAGAGCUAAAGGACACAUCACCAGCCCUAUUGCUAGGCGCCCAUCGGGACCCCUUUUGCCUCGAGGCGUUGCUCAAGGACAACACCGGCCACCCAGUCAGUCAUCUUCUUGGGGGAAUUGUUGAGGUCCUAAAGUACCCCUGAUUAUUUAUUCUUCUUAUUAUUUCCCCUUUUUCUUUUUCAAUGUCAAGAGGAACCGCUGCCUAUUGGGAUCUUUUUUCGUGAUUUCGCUUUUUUUUCUUUUCUUUUGGCGGGGGGGCUUUCUUCUCCCUCCCCAGACUCACCCUCGCCCCGGGGGUUGAGAGAGAGAAAAAGGUUCAGGCUUUCGCUCUGUUGGUACAUGCUGGUGGGAGAAGCAUAAAGAGCUCAUCCAGGAAUGGUGGAUCACUUGCUUCCUGCGGAUGAAUCUUUCUCAUCCACACGGCCCUCGAUCGGAUACUUUGGGGACAUGACAGCAAUGGGGAGGUCCUACCAAAUGCUGCCCUCCCCAUUGUCUGAAGAUGACAGCGAUUCUUCGAGUUUUUGCUCUUGUUCCAGCCCUGAUUCCCAGGUUCUUGGCUCGAGCUAUGGGAGCUCAUCGAGCGCCGAGAGUCAGGACAGUAUCUUGGACUACUUGUUGUCCCAGGCAUCCUUAGGAAAUGGCCAUGCCUCUUGGUGGGACAAAAGGAGACUUCAGCCCAUUGUGAAGGAGGAGCAUUUCAGGAUGCCGGAGUUCAUGGUGGAGAUGGAAGAUUCUGGACCAUUCCAGCCCACCCUUGAGGAGAUAGAGGAGUUUCUAGAAGAGAACAUGGAGACCGAUCUCAAGGAAGGGCCUAAAAGUGAGACCAAAGACAUGCGAGCUUGUAGCCAGAUCACAGUGGCUUCCAUACAGCAAAAAGACCACACGGUGCCCAGUAUUAGUUUAAAAGAUAGUAAAAGUGAACAGUCGGGCAGCAUGACGGAAAGUAGCCAUGCAUCAAAUGGAGCAGUGUCCCUUGAUGGAGGGAUUCCAGUCAUGCUCCAAAUCCAACCAGUGCAAGUUAAACAACCAUCAGACAUGAGCCCUAGUUCACAAGGACCAGUGCAAGAGAACAUUAAAAUUGCACAGCUCCUGGUCAACAUCCAAGGGCAGACAUUUGCGCUGGUGCCACAGCUUGUCCAGUCCUCCAACUUGAACUCAUCUUCCAAAUUUGUCCGCAUUGCCCCAGUUCCAAUAGCUGCCAAACCUAUUGGGCCAGGAGGUACAAUCCAAGGCCAAGCUGGGGUCAUCAUGGGUCAAAAGUUUCAAAAGAAUCCUGCGGCAGAACUCAUUAAAAUGCACAAAUGUACUUUCCCUGGAUGUACCAAGAUGUACACAAAAAGCAGCCAUUUGAAAGCCCACCUGAGAAGGCACACAGGAGAAAAACCCUUUGCAUGUACUUGGCCGGGUUGCGGAUGGAGGUUCUCGCGGUCGGACGAGCUUUCUCGGCAUAGGCGCUCCCACUCUGGAGUGAAGCCUUAUCAGUGCCCUGUGUGUGAGAAGAAGUUUGCUCGGAGCGACCACUUGUCCAAGCACGUCAAAGUCCACCGGUUUCCUAGAAGCAGCCGCUCUAUGCGCUCAGUGAACUGAUGUUGUUGUCCUGCCAGCUCCUUUCCACCUGUCCAUCCGAGAACAGCAGCCGGCAGCACUUUCCUUCAGUCUCUGUCUCACAAUAAUUUAUUUGUCUCCAUAUAACAGCCAUGGCCGUGACUUCAUGCACGCCUCUUCUUUUCCUCAUCACCUUUGCCUUAUUUCGUUCCUUUCCUUUGCUGCUGCUUCUUCCUUUGAAAAUUACAGUGUUUUAUUUUUAGCUGUUUUCUCCUGCACCAUGAUAAUUUAUGGGCUACUUGCUGCUAGUUAAUUAUAGUUCUGGCAUUCCUGAGGGCUUUGCUCAUGUACAGGGCUAUUCAUUGUGAGUUCUUUUUUAAUUUUAAUUUUUAUUAUUAAGCCGGGCUAUUUGUCAAGUUUGGAAACAGCAAAUUCCUUUUUGGAAUGAAAACACCCCCUUUGUUUUUAGGUGGUGGGAUGGGGGAUCGUGCUUUUUUGUUGUUGAGGUGUUUUGGGAUUCAUUAGCUAGGAGUUUGUAGCAAUUACCAAAAGAGGAAGAGCAGGAGCAGGUCUGGUGUGUGUGUGG